AGAAGUUGCUGGAAGUCACAAUGUUACACUCAUUGAAGCAGAGGAAAUGCCAGGUUUUGAACCUGAUAUCUGGUUGUCUUGUCUGCCAGAAGACCAUGCCGUGGACUGUGUGAUAGGACAUGGGGCUGUUCUUGGUCGUCAAGUGCAGAUUCUGAAACGAAUUCAUCAUUGCAAGUGGAUUCAGGUCGUUCAUACAGCUCCUGAAGAGCUUGGUAAACACAAGUCCUAUGCAGAUGCCAUUUCAAGAGGUGAGAAAAAGCACCAGGCUGAGGUAAAACUCUGUGAAAAAGCUGAUCAAGUUGUAGCAGUUGGUCCCAAGCUGACUGAUGCUUUCUCAGGUUAUCUCCGUGCCUGUGGAAAGGAUCGAGAUGUUUUUAAUCUUACUCCAGGUAUCUUCUCUGAGUUUGCUGAUGUAACGCAAGCCACUGAAGAAAGAAAAACAUUUAGUGUUUUAGUGAUUGGACGUGGUGACAAAGAAGACUUUCAGCUGAAAGGAUAUGACAUCGCUGCUCGCGCUAUUGCUGAGUUGAAAGACGAGCCACAGCCCUAUAAGCUCUUGUUUGUUGGAGCUCCAAGUGGCGAAGAGGAGAAAGUAAAAGAUUUGUUACUCCAGCAAGGCAUUGAUCACAGUCAACUAACUGUGCGUUGUUUUCAUGAAAGUAGAGAGCAGUUAGCCCGGUUGUUUUGUGAAGUAGAUCUUGCUAUAAUGCCAUCACGAACUGAGGGCUUUGGUCUGGCCGCCCUUGAGGCUUUAUCUGCUGGUCUGCCAGUGCUGGUCAGUGGGAACUCUGGUCUUGGAGAAGCUUUGAAGAAAGUUCCUUUUGCUUCAAGCUGUGUGGUACAAUCAGAAGAUCCUAAAGAUUGGGCCAAUGCAAUCAAAGCUGUUCGUGGGAAAGAUCGAAAGUUGAGACUUAAAGAGGCAGAGGUUCUUAGAGGAGGGUAUGCAGAGAUGUACAGCUGGCAGGAUCACUGUAAUAGACUCGUCGCACGAAUGCUUGCCAUUUCGCAAGGUAACAGGCUCACUUUGUAAUUCAAAUUGGUUUUGAUAUUGUGUACUGGCAUUAAUUAGGACAUGUGAGUUCACCCAAUUACAAUGAUAACAGUAGUGGAAACCUGACAAUGACAAAUUUGUCUAUCUCUUUUAAUAACUCCACCAGAGAAGUCCGCCUACAUUUGGCAAAUUGAGAGAGCUGUAAAAAAAUAGCGAUAACAUUGAAAGAACGCAAAUUUACUUUUUUUGCGACGUCUUAUUCCCGACCCUGAGGCUCAAAAGUGAACAGUUGUAUCGCUACUCUUUUUGUAGGUCCUACUGCAGAUGAGCAGAAUUUAUCUAGGAAAACGGCUGUGGUCUGUCAAGAUGAAAACCCCUCUCCUUCUGAAUACCGUCUUCAUAAAGGUACACUUGAAUUUUAGAAACAUGAACAAUAUGUCCACAAGAGCAAUUCAUUGUUUUGUAUGUAGGAAGGUCUGGGAGAUGUACUUUAAAGGGACAGGUUCACGGUUCAGUGCAUGCUCAUUUAUCAAAAUGCUGUUUUUCUGCCGGUACAUGCUGCAUCGUCUAUGCAAGCAGUAUGAUCAUGUCAUAGUGUUGUCAAACAACCAAUCUGCACACUCCUCUGGCAGUCACUUGCACUUGAUCAACUUAAAUAUUUGCAAAUACACUGAAACCUCUAUUAAGCGGACCCCAAUUUAGCGGACACCCUCUAACUCUAUUAAGCGGACACUAAGCCGGGUCCCGAAAUGAACGUCUUAUAUUUUCCUUCAUAACGAACCCCUAUUUUGCGGACGCCUCUAUUAACCUGACGCGGACACUAAAAUGAAUUGUAUUUGGCUAAUUUCUAUUGUUAAAAACCUCUAUUAAGCGGACACCGGGCUGAAUUGGCAAUAGUAGUAUUGGAUUACGUCCUUGAAAUACGCACUGUAGUCGAUUAAUAAAGAUAUAAAACAUUAAGCUGUCAAAAGUUCACCUAAAAGUCUUGCACAAAGUACAGCACAGCUUCCUUAGCUUCCUUAACAGCAUGGAACUUUAUUACAGUACGGAGUAACCGUUGAAUGUAAUCGUUAACUUACAUUGUACAAUUUUUACAAACCUCUAUAAAGCGGACACCCUCUAUUAAGCCGACACUUAGGAAGGUCCCGAAGGUGUCUGCUUAAUAGAGGUUUCACUGGAGCUUUAAACUAAUCAACCAGGGAAUAAAACCUUCGGGUCAACAAUAAAUUCAACGUUGGUAUUGUUGGCAUAAUCGACUAAUUUUUUCUGCGAUUUUAGUACUCCUCCAUCCUACUUUAGGUUACUCUGAAAUGCACUUCUACUUUGAAAUACACUCUGAGGUCGCUGAGAUACAUGUGAGUGGGAUUAUUAACCGAUAAAAUUAAUAAUAAUUGGAAAAAAGUAAUUUAAUUAAUGAGCAUGCUCUUAACCGUGAACCUGUCCCUUUAAUUUGGGCUUAAUGAUUAUUCCUUACGGGAAUGUUAAACAACCAAAGAAUGGUCGAAGCACUGAACAAGACUCGUUUAAGACUGACAUGGUCAAAAUGUUUUCACACUGGUUACAGGUCAACAAUGUGAGAUGCCGAAAUAUAAUACUUGUUUCAGUUUUACUUUUCUCGUGCUAAAUAGCGUAAUGGACCACAGCAAAAGGAAUUGCAUUUUAAGGGCCUCUUUACAAGGAGAGAGGGUUACCCUAGCAAGCGGGUUAAAGAUAGCCCGGGUUUACAAGCAAAAUUUCCACAGGUAGAGUUACCCUAUCACCCGGAUCAACUUUACCAGCUUUACUGAAGUGUUCCGUCACGCGUGACCGCAUAAGGCUAAAAUAACCACUCUUUGUAACUUCCAAGAUUUGAAAGAAAACUUAAAGUUCUUUGUAGAAAACACGAUAAAUUCACGGAAAUACGGGAAAAUAUUAUUAUCGUAUACAGGAAACACCGUAUAUUGUUCAGAUGUUUAUAAUUUAGUACAGAAAUUGGAUAACUUGGUUCAAAUUGUUAAGACUAUUGGUCACGCAUGACGGAGGACAAGGCAGGUAGGGUAACCCUCUUGGUAGGGUAAGCACGUCGUGUAAAAAAAGACGAAAUGUCAAGGCUGUGCUCUAAGGAAAAUUGAAGGGAGCCCAGUGCUCUGAACCUGUUCAAUCUAGGGUGCCCAGCAUAUGAUUUGUAUGAAAAUACUAAGAUUUUCUAGUCGCCUGAGAGCAAAAGUUAGGCCCCAGCGGCCACCGGGCUCUGCUAGAGCACAGCCCUGAAUGUGCGAUUGCUCGAGUAACCCUAGCACCAGGGUACAGGGGCUAACAUAGAGGCUUGGCCAUUUUGUAUAUGUUACAGGUCAAAAUUAAAUUCAGCUUGAAAUUUUUUAACCUACAAUUAGGUUGAUUCUCAAUUUUCUUUUGUCUUCUAGCCUUAAUUCAUGAAUAAGUAGGGCUAGGAGACAAAGGAUACGGAGAAUCAACUAAGGUGAAAAAAUUUUAACCUGGAUUUAAUUUUGAACUGUAACAUAUACGUUAUUUUGAGUGACAUUUCAGCUUGGGACUUCUAUAUGUUGGCAAUUGCUGCGGUGUAGUGUAGAGGUGAUCAGUAACAAUUGAUUGUCCCAUUCCAGAGUCCAGGUAACUUUUGCCUUGGAAAUCUGGAAUUCGGGAAAUUUUCUUUCUUCUGAAACCGGAAUCCUAGGCUUUGGAAUCUGGAAUGCAUCCGAUGGAAUGUGAAAUCUCGCUACGAUUGGAAAGUUGUAGCGGUUAGAAAAUAGUCGAAAACAUAUCGCGCCAACUCAGUCACAACAACAACUAGAACUCUGUUUAAUCUCUGACAACACAUGACCUACGCUUCCCAUAAAUGGGCAUAUGACAGUGGUGUACGGAAAAACGGAUACAUUCCUUCCCUUUUAACAGGAACGAGGAAAAGUACAAUAAAAUAAACUCAAAUGCUUAAGGCCCGAAAACUAGAUUACACUUAUUUUAAGCAUCGAAAACCACGAUUAAGUUCAAGCGUAGUUUAGUCUCUAAACGUGCAACGACCUAACACUAACAAAUAACUUUGUCACUGCUUCGUCCAUGUCUCUAACAGACAACAAUUGCUCCAGAGUGUCUUGCUCUGUAAUAAUUUGCCUAAACUCAAUGCGAUCAAAGUCUGGGCUAUAGUCCAUCAAGCGCUUGUCUUUGUCCAAAGGGACAGAUUUCCCUGACAAAUCAUGGUUGUAAACAGGCUUCCAAAUGCGAGAUUUCGCAUGUCUUGUGCGACGUCCAGUAGCAGCAUAGGUGUGAACUACAACAGUGUCUUGGACUUCACCGGCUUCCACAAUUUCUCCAACCAGGAUCCCUUCAUCGGUGUGAGACUGUCGGUACGCAGCUUAGUCUAAGAUUAGAUUAUAGGUUCCUCCAGAGGGAUCUCAAAUGUGCUGUGACACCGCGCAUCCUUCCAAGUGCUUGGCUGCUGGGCAGACAGAGUGCAGAUGUUUGAAAGCUUCGCUAACUAGAGCCUCGCCUGGGGGUUCAAGAUUCCUAACUAGGACCUGUUGUCCGACAGAAAACUCUCUAACGUUAGCAGACAAAUCGUAACACUCUCGUUGCCUUCUCCUUAGGUCCUUUUUGAUGCCGGAGAAUAGUUUUUGUGCCUCUGAAAUCCUCUGAACUAAAUGUUUACCAUAUUCGUUCUUGCUGAUUGGCUCGCUUGGGAGCUGAAAGGUGUGAUACCAUCAGUGCCGUCGAUAGCCGAGCUGUUGUGCGAGUACACUGCUGGCUGCAAGUAGUCUUCCCAUUGUUUUUGCCAUUUGGAAGCAAAAAUAGCAAGAGCCGAAUUCAUGAAGCGGCGAACACGUUCUGUAGCGCCAUUAGCUCGAGGGCGAUAGCUGGAUGUAAACACUUUUUUAAUGGACAAAAGUCUGGAGACUUCACGUAGUACAGCGUUUAAGAACUCACCUUCUCGGUCACUGAGAAGAGUGGACGGAAAAUCUAGUGUAAGGAAUACAUUAUCAAACAAUGUCCUUGCAGCUGUAGUAGCACUUCGAUCUGCCGUUGGUAUUGCUACCAGGAAGUGAGAGAAUGGACAGACGGCGGUAGGUAUAUAGCCGUUCCCGUUGUCAGAUUUCGGGAAUGGUCCAACAAAGUCAAUUCCAGGUAUUUUCAUCGGUUCGUCAUAGAACCGAGGAUGCAUGAGACCAUGUUGCUGAUCAGUGGAUUUAUGUUUGACGCAUUCUAGACAUCUUGCAACCCAGCGCUUCGUUGCCUUCCCCUUCCCCUCUCCAAUAGAAUCUCUAGCGAGGGCAUGGUAGGUAUUAUCUCGUCCUCUAUACAUCCCGAGUGGCGAGUCUUGAUACGCACGCAGUGACCGGGACUUCAAGUCUUUGUUGUCGGGAACGAAGAUACGAAGGUGGCCAGGAUCGUCAAGAAAUUCGUUUGAAUACGUAACAAGUCCUUGCAAAAUAAGACAUCUUUGUGCCAGGUUUUGAAUGCGAGUUUGUUCGCGGGACGAUAAGUCAUGAAGGGCAGACUACUUACUUCCGGCUGAUAGAUACUUGUGGAUGAGCGUUAAGGUUGGGUCUUGGAGUUGAAGAGUGAUAAAGUCUUGUCUGUUGGAUCCUAGGAGAGUAGGGGGUUCUUCUGUCUAACUGGUAGUUGAGAGAUGCUCUGCUUUGGUAGGGGGAGAAGUGCUUGUAUCUGCUGUUGUCAGGGCAAGGGCUGUCUUAAAUGAAUAUGAGAUGGUCGGCGUAAGAGGGACGAAGUAGUAGGGAGUUUUUCCCAGUGCAGUGACCAAGUAAGCUGACACGUCGACCGGUGGCAAUAUGUCAACAAAAGUGGCAGAUGAAACAUUGUUCUCAGACGGGAUAAACUGGGUUACGGGGUAACGUGAAAGAGCAUCAGGAACUGCGUUACUGCGACCAGGGUGGUGACAUAGUUCAAAAUUGUAUUCAGCAGGUGAGGAUUCCCAGCGUUCUAGCUUGGCUUUAUGUGGAGCAACAGCGCAUAACCGUUUCAAAUUAUCGUGAUCGGUUUCUACAAUGAAUUUUCGACCCAAAAGGUAAGGGCGCCAUUGUUCAACUGCCCAUUUGACGGCAUAGAGUUCCUGUUCGCUCGUGUCCCACCUGAUCUUUUCUGGGUGGGUGAAACGCUUAGCUUGCAUACUGAAGGGGCUGCAAGUGAUGCUGGUCAUCCUCUUGAAUAAGUACAGCGCUAACACCAAGCUGGUUCGCAUCGGUGUGUACGUACCAUUCCUAGGAACUACUGCCUGUUACAUUUCCCAUGAGGAAGUCUGAAAAUGUGGCCUGCAUAAGCCUUUGGAAUGUGGCUUCAGCUGUCGUAAGGCCGAAAGGCAUGGAGAUAAACUCAAACAAUGCACAGUGGAUGACUACGGCUGUUUUUUCACGGUCUUCCUGUCUGACGGGGACCUGCCAAUAACCAUUAGCGAGGUCCAAUUUUGCAAAUGAUUUGCCACCACCAGCCGGUCGAGGAUGUUUAUGACUUCAGGAAGUGGAAAUCCAUCACUCUUGGUGACUGAGUUAAGUGCACGAUAAUCGACCACUAAGCAAGGAGACUGGGGUUGGCCGUAUCCUUAAUACGUACAAGAAUUGCUGGAGACUUGGAGGGUCGAAGAAUGUCCUGUUUUAGCAUGACAUUGAUUUGAUCGCGCACGGCUUGACCUUCUGACGGUCACAUCCGGUAUAGUGGCUUGUAGCUGUGCGUUACCAGUGUAAUGUAGUGCUCAGUUCCAUGGAUACGCCGCGGUGCACCAGGUAAAAGAAAUGCAUGUGGGUACUGCCGAAGAAGUGUCAAAUCGAUUGAGGACUGCAGAGUGCACGCGACUGUAUUCAUCAGUAUCUAGGCGCAGUUCUUUUCACAGUUUCUAAUGAUAUUUUUCUGAAAGCGGAUCACGUUCGACUACAGAAGGAGGCGGUAGGUCGCGAUCAUCCAUAUCAUUAGGCUGUUAAAAGGAUAGAGUAAAUGGGAGCUUUGAACAAGAGUGGCUGUAAUCAUUACCUGAUUGGCCUACUCAGGGAAGUUGGGUUGUACUGGGUCACUUUUAUUAAACCAGAUAGGUAAAGGGGUCUCCGUGAGAGGAGAUGCAUCGACAGGUGACUGACAGAAGAGCGAGACAUACGCAUCGAGUGAUGAAGAGAGGACGUCAGCUGUGUGGUACAGUGCAACCUGGAAAUCAGCUUUACUUUGAGCAGAACAAGGUGACAGGUAACCAAAGGUGGAAUGAUCAACAUGAGCGCUCUUGUUUAUUCACUGCACAAGAACAUUCAUAGCUCUGAGUUGCUGAAAAUCAGGAAUAUCACCCUCGGAGGUGCCUGUGUCAGAAGGGAAGUUCAUGACAGUUCGUACUGCGGAUGCACUGAGCAUGCCAUCGAGGACUCUUACACCCGGUUCGAGCUCAUGACCAGUUAGCCAUAACUCCUUUCCAAGCAACCCGAUGGAUGCCGCGCUUAAGGUGAAAUAAGUAUAAACUGUCAGUAGUUUUAGGCCAAGACAUAUUAGGGACGACAAGAGCGACAUGAACUGUUUCUUUGUUUGGAAGCGAGGUAAUUUGGACCUCUUGGACAGCAACAGCAUUCAGAGAGGCACCAGUGUCAGCCAUUUGUACUGGAAUGGGCUUUUAAAGUUUCUUGUACUUCAAUUCAGGUCUUGCGGAAGGAAUGUGCUGUGCAUGAUCCAGGCUCCAGUGUGACAGAACAACACCCAUAAAGUGGGAGCUGAAGGACUUUACAGGCGGAGGUGACUUGACUUGACAAAAUAGAACGAUUUAGGUUAACAGACAGUUCAUUUGAAGAAUGUGGUAAAGUCGGCAUCAGAAAUAGCGGAGGGUUGGAAGACAGAGACUGAACACCAGAGGAUGGUGGUAGAGAAGUGCGUGGUCCUAGUUGGGUUGCCUGUGGUAGUUGAACUUCGCAGGAGUUUGCAACAGGUGGAAGAGUAUUUGCAUGAUCAAUAUCCUUGCAACCCGGCUUAGAACCAGUGUUACAGUUGUGAAAAAGGCCAUAUCUGCGUAAUUGGUCUGGUAAGACGCAGAGAGGUCGUUAAUGUUUGUUCCAUAAACGGCAAACUUCGUUACUUCUUUGGGAAUUCGUAGAAAUGUAGUUUUUCUGCGAUUUUUCGGGACAGUUGCCUUUAGUAUGGCCAUAGGAAUUGCCGCUAUAACAACGGGGUCCUUUGCUGCGAUCACGAGCAAAACCAGGAGCCGGAUUAUUGGUAAGAGCGUUAGUUUGUUCCCGCGAUUGUUUAUUGGGUUGACUAUGCGAAGGGCUGAACGAACGCUCGAUUCGUUUUGCGGCUUCGACGAUCUCAGAAAGAUCUUUGUAUUUUGUCUUAAUUCUCACUUUAUUCAUCGUCAUUGUCAUCAACGUAAUAAUCAUUGUGAAAGGUUUCAACCCAGGAGUCAUUUCAUGAGAAGGUUGAGUGUGAUCAUCCAGGUGAAAGUAGUCAUGAAUAGGACUGUUGUUGUUGGUGACUGACGUUUCGAUAACCUGUGCGGUAGUCAUCGACAGAGUCAACGUGAGUUGUAUCACGUCAGUUGAUGGUAUUAAACUCUGGUUAUUGACCUGAUUGGUCAAUUAUGUCGCGAUGUUAAUGGUCGUUUGUCAGUUAAGCCGUGAUGUUAUUAGCUCUGAAGACUCGGAAUGCCGUUGGUGGGUCUCGACCCUUCUAUUGUCAUAGUUUGACAGUCUUUUGUUGAACAUGUGGAAAAUUGCUUUAUACAUUGUAUUAUUUAUAACGGCAAAAUGUUGCUAUGUGCGUAAUUCAUGAAAAAUUUCUUUUACGAUAAACCGUGAAAUGCUUAGUCAAACAUGCGAUUAGAGUAAUUGCAGUUAAGCUCAUAAUUUUAAAGACUGUUGAAGAAUAAAAUAGUCCCUGUAACCAAUAAUUCAAAAGCAACAAUUGAAAGAAACAACAUAACUAAGCUCACCCAAUUUAUUAUCACUGAAGUAGUUGUUGUCUUGUUUGUUUGAUCUUCAAAACCAUUUUGAGAAGAUAUAAAAAUGCAUCUGGUGUGAGAAUUGUGUCCUCUUCGCUUUCAACUGGUCUCCUGUGGUGAUAAUCAUUUCGAUUUCUGGCCACUUCUGUUUCAGAACAUUUGCAGUCAACAAAUAACCCAUCAGAAAAUUUGCAGUCAAUAGAUAACUCAAUUGAUAUACAAUGAUUCUCAAUACGUUCACUCAUAAUGGUUCGCUCGUAAAUUGAUCUCUGGCAAAGUUCGCGGACCAACCCGUUCCAAACUGAACGCUCGGCAUCUUUUAGUGUGGGCCUACCGCAAACAGCGUGUGGGUUUGUAAGUGGAAUGAGCGUAUUAGACUUGGCUGUAUUCAUGCUUCCUUUUCUGUGCACAAGCAAACUUCUAAUUUUCCACCAACAAGACCUUCGAUGAAAACUAAACUCCUUUGUCAAGCUACAACUCGUCCGCUCUGGGAAAGAACCAUGUGAUCAAUCUCGACGCCUCUGACUCCGAGCUCUGGGGCUUGGGGUAAGCACUAAGGUCGAGAAAGAUAACACAUCCGCUUUGAAGAGCAGAGGGCGAUUCGCUGACCAAUGAAAAACACAGGUCAGACCUAUAGUCGGCUCUUCUAAGAGGAAGUCUGAUUAAAAAGUAAGACGCGUCGUAUUUUUCGUCGUACAAAUGGCCCUAUUGUUCCACAGGGCCAGUUAAACUCACCGUGUUUAGCACCCUGUUGACCAAAACAUUUUUUAAGAGUUCCAUCGUUCUUGAAUAAGUGAAUCGUAUGGUUACUAACGUUACUCACUGCAAUUUCAUCUUGUUCAUUUACUGCUACCCCCCAAGGCUUCUUCAAUAUUUGUUCUCCAAAAGAUAACACAGGUCUGAACCGUCUGGGUUUGACUUGAACCUCAAAAGGGCUGCCACGAAUAUGUUCUCCAUUGACCUUCACUGAUGCACUGCAUGUUCCUGUUUCUUUGGCAAAGUAUUUGAUUUUGUAAGUACCAUCUUUGUUAUCUUGGACUCGAACUGUGUCACACUUCCAGUGUGACACAGUCAUUAUUAUCAUAACACGGUUGGCAUUCCUUGUUUCUUGUUGGCACAACAAACUGUGCCUUAAGUACAGCAGUCGCUUCAUUUAUCCUUUUUCCAUAAACACUCGAUUGCUGUACUCUUGUUUGGGUAAGGUAAUCUUUGAGGGAACCAAUUUGUUCAGCCCUUACGAGAUCAAAUACCUUUUGAUCCUUCACAAAAUAAAAAACUUGGAAAAACUCGUCAUCACAGUCUCUGUCUUCUUGGUUAUUUUCUUCCUUUAAUAUUUCGUCCAUCAGCUCGUUCGGCUGCAUGAGUUGUGCGCUUGUGGUUCGCUUUAAAAGUGUUUCACUAUCUUCUAUUUCUAAUUCAUGUCGUUUAGCUUGCUCUUCAGUCUCCUCCUUUUGCUUUCCAAUUUCUUGAAGAGAUGCUUUUGUCCUUCGUUCCACAUCAUCAAAGAUCUCCAGUUUCUUUGCUUCAAUGACUGCAGUGAUGCUGUCAGCGAACUCUUGUACAUUUCUCUUCACCCUAGCGGCUCGUUCUUGAACUUCACGAAGGCUUCAAGUUUGGUAAUUUUGCUUCUCUUUAUUUGAGCUCUUUUUCUCUGAGAUUCAAUUGCUAAUUUAACUCUUAACUUCCGCUCAUUUGCAGCUUGUUCCAGAAGAAUCUUUUCGUGCCCAUCAUGAUUCGUUAACGCCCAUGGCAAGCGUGGCAGAUUGCGACUUCGCAGAUAUUGCUGAAGAAUUCUAUUUCUUUUUUCACGUGGCCCGGUAUCACACAAAAUGUUGGCCGCUUUAAAAUGUUCUCAAAGUCAUGAUCUUGAAAGUCUUCCAAUGCCAGGGCAGAGCGAUCUUUAUUGGCUUUCAUCCCAUCGUGGAAAGUGAUACACUCUCCGCACCAGAAGGCACAACACUGGAAACAAAAAUGGCUUUCUUUGCUUCGUUUGUCACAAUGUCCACACUUAACUCCAGUGGUGCUGCACUCCGUUAUAGCUAAUACAUCGAGCAAGCAGUUUAUACGAACGUUCGUUGACAAAGCUGCUAGGUUUCCGUUAUCAGGGACAUUGAAUUCUUGUCUACACUCCGGGCACGCAAUUUUAUCUCGUCUGCCACUCGUGCGUUGAAUCCCAGUCAGACAAUGAAGGCAAAAAUUAUGCAAACACGGUAACUGUUUUGGAUCGUUGUACUUGCACAUACACACAGAACAUGAUACUUCUUCAUGAAGGUUGUUUAACAAGGUUUGAAUAUCCAUUUUGAAUGUGUUGAUGGUCUCGAAAGUGGUAAACGUCGGGAACGGCGAAAACUAUGUUGAAUAUACAUCGGAGCCUUUUUGUGGGUUAGGCUUAUGAUUUUUGUUAGUGACUGACCUCUUGAAAUGAUGUUAUAGACCAAUCAAAAAGGCUUACUUGACAUGUUUUGACGUUAAGUAUCUUAUGAGAAUGAUUGUCAAAUUUCCGGUAUUUCUUAGAACUGAGUGUCUCCUGACCUUAAGUCAACUGUUUCCAGGUGGCGGGCCAAGUGGGCGUGUCUUCAUGGUCAAAAGCAUUGAGAGUGACAGCGGUUGAGGUUCAUCUUCAUUUGUUGGUAUAGUAGAUAUAGGGCGAGCGUUGACUAUCGCGGUCUUCUAUGCCAUAAGCGUUGCGAGUAGUUCGUGUGUAAGUUGAUGACUGCUAAGCUCCGCAAACAUCGCGUCUAAUACAGGGCGAAUGUUACCUAUUUGGCUCUACCAUGCCACACCAAAAUGUGAGGCCUGCGAUGGGUUUAAGUUCCACUCGCAACCAUGGUUGUUUACGUAGCCUUUCGCUUUACAUUGGUCCAUUUUUUGAAGGAACUAGCAUACAUGUACUCCAGUAGUUCGAUGUGGAUCGCUCUGCUACCUAGGCGAGUGAAUACCAGUCCCCAGCGUUUAGAGUUGGCUGCGCCUCCACGUGUCUUGCCAGAACGCAUCGUCCAGGGGCCGAAAACAUCGAAACCAACGUUUGUGAAGGGAGGGGCUAUUUCCGUUCUGUCUGCUGGUAGGUCGGCCAUACGCCGUUCUAUCACUGGUCCUUUCAAUUUCUUGCAUGUAACUCACUUGUUUAGCUCCUGUGCUACAGUAUUGUGGCCUCCAACCAACCAGUACCUAGCUUGGCGGAUGGCACCGUGCUUGAUCUGACUGUGGUAGUGACGUGUUAUCAGAUCGGCAACGUUGUUUUUCGAUGGGCAUCAGAACGGGGUACUUUUCUCUAAACUCUAAAGUAGCGCAUCGAAGACGGCCGCCGACUCGUAGAACACCAUUAUUAUCCGCAAAUGGGUCUAAACGGUACAGCUUUGAACUCUUUGUAACAGUCUCCAGUUUGUUGCUCUCUGCAAUCCUCCGCUCCGACUUCAAUUCUUCUGAAAAGCAUUCACUCUGUACGGCACGAAUUAUUACUGUCAUGGCCUCCUGAAGUUCCUUUGCUGUUGGUUGCCGCAUCAACUGUGUGUUCUUGCUGCGUGAUAUCUUCAACUCAAUCUUUUCCUGACUCUUGCUCUUUCUCCGUUUUAACUCCUUGAUUUGCGAUUGCACGUUGCA